UUUCUGAGACGUCAUCGACUCGCCGACGAUAGUUGAACAGUGACGAUUUGGAGCUCGGGCCGACGUCUAACUAUAGAAUCCGAGACGAUCAAACCAAACAGUAUUUAGAGAAACUGACUAACCGAGUCAGUCACAGUCCGGCGCCCACGCAGAUAGGAGCCAAAGCAGAUAGUCCUCACUACGGCCCCUGCCUACGUCUUCAGGAGGCGUGACUCGGAGCAACAUGACGAUGGACGGGCUGGACACCCUGGGGCACCACAGCCCCGGGACACCCGGUUUCCUCCUUCACGACCAGGUGCCGGGAGGUGCGGCGGCGGCGUCCACGACGACGCCUUUCCUGUCUUUCGAGACGCUGAAGAGUGCCGCUGCCAGCCAGUCCGUUACCGACGAACAGCAGGAGCUGAACACGCCCGUCACAACGUCCGGCGAUGCGCCUUCCUUCUUCGGACCCUCCUCCGUCGUAGAACCACCCCACAUCGCUGGCUCGUUGGAGGAAGGUGGAGGAGUGCCUAAGUUGGAAGGGACUCAUCAUGAAGAAGAAGAAGCCAAUAGCACAGGGAGUGGUGUGCUUUACGGAAGCGGAUCUCAUAAAAUAAGCUAUCGGGGUGUCUUCACGACUUCUGCUAGCAGUCCAGUCCAGCCUUCAGCGAACAUGGCUCCAUCACCGUCUUGGCUGUUGCCCAGCCCCGACAAGACGCUCUUCCCUCCUUUGUUCGGAAUCCUUCAGCCACAGGGCUCGCCGCAGUACCCCUCCAGUCCGGCACAGUACGAGGACAGGAAUCACCAAGUGGAACUCCUCGGACUGAGCAUAGAAUGCGGAGGGAAACAGGGCUACGCCUGCGAACAGGAUCUUUACCAGAGGCAGGUCAUGCAAGGUUCCCCAGGAAAGUAUCAAUGGCUCGACUCGCCGGUAGAGUACAACGCACAGAUUGUAGUCCCAGGGCCGGCCACGCCGUUAAAACAAGAGCCGCAGUACCAGGCGAACUGCACGCAAUCCCCCACGACCUACACCGUUCAACUCGCCGAAUACAACCCUUCGACGAGUAAAGGUCACGAAAUCCUCUCCCAAGUCUACCAGCAGUCGCAAGUACCCUUGAAACUGGUACCCGUGAAACCGAGAAAGUACCCAAACAGGCCGAGUAAAACCCCAGUCCACGAGAGGCCUUACGCAUGUCCGGUAGAAAACUGCGACAGGAGGUUUUCCAGGUCGGACGAGCUGACGAGGCACAUCAGGAUACACACCGGUCAGAAACCGUUCCAAUGUCGGAUCUGCAUGAGGUCGUUCUCGAGAUCGGAUCACUUGACGACGCACAUAAGGACACAUACCGGUGAAAAACCUUUUUCGUGUGAUGUUUGCGGGAGAAAAUUUGCAAGGAGUGACGAAAAGAAAAGGCAUGCAAAAGUUCAUCUUAAAUCCCGAGGGAAGAAAGAUAAGAUGGGUCUCCUCCAAAUGCCAUCUGUCACGACAUCUUUAUAGACUGUGAUCCCCUCCCUAUAUAUUUUCUCGAAACAUUCCCUUACCCGAUCCCCUUAUAUUAUAAGAUAUUUUUUUACUAAUUUAUUAAAAUAUAAAUAUACGAGUAUAAAAGCAAGAGAUAUAAAUAGUGGUAAUUAUAGUCUAGUCUUGUUGAGAGUGAUUUUAGGCCUCUACGUUGCCGUCUCCCAAUUUUCUGAGUCUGAAAGACAAAUUUUUUUUUUCAUUUCUUACUAUUAUUAAUAAUGGUAUCCUUGUGCAAUUUUAAAUCAUGUUACCGAAUGUUUCAUUAUUUAAUUUAUCAGUCCGGGUUAAACUUCUAGCAAAGGAAAAAUGGUCUAGAUGUUCUUAUUUGUUUAAAUUAUAUUUAGUUUUGGAUAUUUAGCAGCAAGACCGGUAUCUUGAGGUUUUUCUUUUCUUAAUUUUAUAAGGAUAAACAAUGUUACAUCGUAAACACUACAUGUUACAUCGUUCAAUUAAUUUCGGUAUUUAUUUGUGAAGGAUCUGUAAAAGCACUGGUCAGUAAAUUUGCUGGGACACUGAUUUUAGUCGGACAAAUUAGUUAGACAAAAAGAACACAUACAUGAAACGCAUAUAUUUUGCGUCAUUUAUUACCAGAUGUGCCAUAUUGACAGUAGAUUAUUGCUUGGGAAUUUCUUAAAAUAUGCAAUUUUUUCAGUUUUUAAUUUACGCUGCUGUAAAAUUUGUUAAUCACCCAUGAAAUGAAUCUAUCGAUUAUGUUUUUCAUAUUGCUAGUGAAUCGAAAGACUGUGUACGUGCCAAAUUUCAUAUUUUAUCUGGUAAUUAAUAAGAAAAAUGUGAAAAAUCCCUGGUUUUCGACAAGCUUAUUCGAUUUUUUUGUUAUUUUAGGGAACAUCGGCGACCAAGAUCUCGUAACCUUUGCUCAUAAUUAAAAUAUUUUGCUUCCAUGACCUUUUAAAGGCGUGUUGAUUGCGGGUGACGGCCGUUUUGUGCCGAUUUUGUUUUUAAUUUUAAUGUUUUUCUUUUAUAGAAAAAAAAAGUUUGCUAAAUGUCGGCACUCUCUUUUGUGGAGUUUCCCCACUUUAAAUUAUUGGAUCGUACAAAUUAAUAUAGGCCUAAAUAAAAUAUAAAAAAAUAUAAACCACUGUUCCGUUGAUUUUUUUUUGUUUUUUAUAAAGUUACUAACUGUCUCAAUUUCAAUGAAUGUGAAUUUUUACUUAUUAUUGGGCUGUAAAGCCGUUGUAAAUAUUGUAACACUUGUAUUAAUUCUGUUGAUCUUUUAUUUUAUUUGUCUGUAGAUAUAAGUAUGGAAGUAUAUUGUUAUUUCUUUUUUUUUAUAACAAAGUCAUAAUAAUAAUAAGUUAAUUAUGGACUAAUAAUUAAUAUUAAUACUUUGAGGUCGCGUUCAUGAGACAGUGACCUGCAUUCAGGUAGCUCAAUUUGGUGUCUUGGUAAACUCUAAAAACUAAUUAUUAAAAACAUUUUGCUAAAAAUUAUAUUUCUUGAAGAAAGAGAGUAAUAAUAGUUAUAUAACUUAAAAAAAUAAAAUAUGGAAAUCUUUCUGUGAUGUCUAUUUAGAAUUUACAAAACCCGAGGCACAUAACUGUAGAUUGUUUUUCUAAAUGGGGGUUUUGAACGGCCGAGUUGUGUUGUAGACGUAAUAGAAAUAGAAUUAGCAAAAAUUUAUACAAAUAUAUUUUAAUAAAUUUGGAGAAUUAUGAAAAAAUACCGUGCAUUACAAGAGGAAGGGCGUCUACAACGCAGGGUCGUAGUGCUUUCAAAGAGAUUUUUUUUUAUAAUUGUUUGAUGUCUAAUUUCUAAGAAAAUAGCUAACUUACAAAGCUCUAAACACAAAAAAAAAAUUAUAUCCCUUAAUAUAUAUUUGUGAAAUCCCAAUGCACAUGAAUGUACCCUUAAUAUGUAAAUUGAUAAUUUAUUUAAUCUUCCGUUGUAAAUACUAUUUUAUAUUUGCAAAUGUUUAUAUACUGUCGACUUCCCCCAUAUUUGCAUUCUGUCGCUGUGACUGAUAAAUUUGAAUGGCUGUUAAGAAAGAAAAAACAUUUAAAAAGUUGUAUUUAAACCAAAAUUAACAAAUUUCCAACACAAUGAAAUAUAAAA